AUGAAGCUCCUGGUCUCAGCGUUUCUGCUGCUGGCUCUCGGUUAUCUAGCCACAGCUGAGGUUCUGCCAUCAUCUUUCCAAAAAUGCAAUAACUUCUUUCUCAAGAAACAACCACCCACUGGGCCAGCAGGUCCUCAGUACAAGAAGAUCUGCCAAAAGAGAGAUCCAGCAGCCGGUUAUGAAUUUGCAACGCUCUAUGACACCAACCUAAGGAUCCCCAUCUACUCUGCUUAUGAGUUUCAGUCUAAAGGCAGUUGUUCUAGGACAUGGUACAUUGAACCUCAGCUGGAUGACCCGACCAAAGGACCGGAGAUGGUUUCUGAGGACAAAGUAACUAAACCCCCAAGAGGCGAUAACCAAGCUCUGAACGGAGAUUACCCCGGCACCGACUACGUUAAGGGACACCUGGUUCCAGUGCGACACCGAAAUGCCCAGGCAUGCUCAGAAGCCACAUUCACCCUCACAAAUGUUGCUCCACAGAACCGCAAAUUUAACCAAGGAGCUUGGAGUACACAAAAGGGAAAAGUGUCUGAUGAUUUGACAGAUAAUUGCUUGAACCGUGGUUUUCAUGCCUACAUUGUUACUGGUGUGGUGCCUGGAAAUAAUCCACCCAUUAAUGGGAGGGUUAAUAUUCCCGAUUAUUUCUGGAGCGCCUACUGUUGCGUCAACAACAAUAACGUACAUCAAUUAUCUGGCGCCUACUAUGGGAAGAAUGAUAUCACCAACACAGUAGCCACAACCACAGUAGCCAACCUGAAUGCUAUGCUCCAGGGAGUCUAUGGCACUGGCUUUAGUGUGUUUGGUAAUAACUGUUGAUAAAUGUAGAUAUCCAUUAUCUACUACCAACAUCUGCUUCCCCAAAGCUAACCGCAGUAACUACAGUUUUCUUGCUAAUUAUGCUAACGUUAAGUAGCAGUAAUAUUAAAGGACCAGUUUGUAGAAUUUAGUGGUAUGCAGAGGAACGGACUUGAUAUUCACAAGUAUUUUCUAAUUAGUGUAUAACCACCCAGAACAGACAAAUGAAACACCUUUCAUGAAUUUGUUGGGCCACCGUAGGUUCUCUGACACACUUGGAGGGGUGGGAGGGUUCAGUUGGUUGCAAUCUGUAACUUCACCACUAAACGCCACUAAAUCCUAAACACUGGUGCUUUAACAGAGAUUGUCUGAAGGAGUCGUCUGCCAACAGAGAUACUGUUAAUACUACAUCAGAGAAUAAAUGUACAAAAUGGAUCACCAUUCAAUGUUAUUGAAGACUCCUGUGACCAACAGUAUAUACAUACAUUUAUAGGAUGAGAGUAUGUGUUAAAAAAAAAUUGAUUGGAAACUCUGAAGUUGCAGUUUGUCAUGUGGCAUGUGUGCUAAUGAACUCAUAAUAUUGCCAAAGAAUGUAUUUCUUUUAUCAGUACAUUUCUCUUCAUGCAUAAUCUCUUCUGUUGAUGUCCUGAUCAUUGUAACCCUGCUUCUGCACCGAAAAAAAUAAUCAAAAUGACCUGU